UUCAUGUGAACCAGAGCAUUUCAUCACUUUAGUGUUUUAGUAGUGCAAUAGAGUAUAUAAAACCCCAUUGAAUUAAGUGUUCCUCACUCAUAUUAAAUUUGGGGAGAAACUGUAAUAAACUUUUGAUACAUUAUUCAGUUGUAUCUGGAAAAGGCGUAAAAAAAAUGAGCGCACUUACCUGUGAUGCAGUCAAAACUGAGAGAGAAAAGGCAGUGCAGAAGGCGACCAAUGUGGCGUACCAGGAGCACAAUGUGUCUAGGGACAAGCGUGGGCAGGUGCUGGGAACCAAGUCAGGGUUCAGGGGCUGCACCGUCUGGCUGACUGGCCUAUCUGGGGCUGGCAAGACCACCAUCUCCUUUGCGCUGGAGGAGUACCUGGUGAGUCAGGGUAUCCCAGCGUACAGUCUGGACGGUGACAACAUCCGUACCGGUCUGAACAAGAACCUCGGCUUCACACAGGAGGAUCGGGAGGAGAACAUCCGUCGUAUCUCCGAGGUGGCCAAGCUGUUUGCUGACGGAGGCAUUGUCUGCAUCACUGCCUUCAUUAGCCCCUAUGCCAAGGACCGUCAGAUUGCCCGGGAGUUGCAUGAGGCGGCAGGGCUAAAGUUUGUAGAGGUGUUUGUGGAUACGCCCAUUGAAGUCUGUGAGCAGAGAGAUGUGAAGGGCCUCUACAAGAAAGCCAGGGCAGGCAUCAUCAAGGGUUUCACUGGGAUUGACUCGGGCUAUGAGCGCCCUGAGAACCCUGAGGUGAUCGUGAAGACUGCGGACCAGAGUGUGGACGAGAGUGUACAGGAGGUGGUCCAACAUCUCGUGGAAAAGGAGGUGGUUCCAUCAAGCGCAGUGAACAAUGUUCGUGAACUGUUUGUCCCGGAGAACCGUGUGGCUGCCGUGCGCGCAGAGGCUGCGGCCCUCCCCAGUCUAGACAUCACUGAGGUGGACCUGCAGUGGACCCAGGUGCUGUCAGAGGGGUGGGCAUCACCCCUGAAGGGCUUCAUGAGAGAGAGGGAGUUCUUGCAGUGCCAGCACUUUGGCUGCCUUCUGGAUGGUGGUGUCACCAACCAGUCGAUUCCGAUCGUGCUGCCUGUGCACUCCAAUGACAAGGAUCGCAUCAGCGGGUGUGCAGCCUUCUGUCUUCGCUAUGAUGGCAAGCCAGUGGCCAUUCUACGCGACCCGGAGUUCUAUGAGCACAGGAAGGAGGAACGCUGCAGUCGACAGUUUGGGACAAGCAAUCAGGGGCACCCGUAUGUGAAGAUGAUAUACGAGGGUGGAGACUGGCUGGUGGGCGGCGACCUUGAAGUGCUGGAGAAGAUCACCUGGGGGGACGGGCUGGAUGAGUACAGGCUCACACCCAGGCAGCUCAGACAGAAGUUCAGGAGCAUGAGGGCUGAUGCAGUGUUUGCCUUCCAACUGCGUAACCCGAUUCACAACGGCCACGCCCUUUUGAUGACAGACACCCACCGCAGACUUGUAGAGAGGGGAUUCAAGAAACCAGUACUUCUACUGCAUCCACUAGGUGGUUGGACAAAGGAUGAUGACGUGCCCCUUCCAGACAGAAUGAAGCAGCACAAGGCCAUUCUAGAUGAGGGCAUACUGGACCCUGACACCACUGUACUCGCCAUCUUUCCGUCGCCCAUGAUGUACGCAGGACCCACAGAGGUGCAGUGGCACGCCAAGGCCAGGAUGGCUACAGGGGCUAACUUCUACAUCGUGGGGCGAGACCCUGCUGGCAUGCCUCACCCGGAUGGCAACAAGGACUUGUAUGAUCACAGUCAUGGCUCCAAGGUUCUCACAAUGGCCCCUGGUCUCACCCAGCUGGAGAUUGUACCAUUCCGUGUGGCUGCUUACAACACAAAACUCAAGAAGAUGGACUUCUACAACCCUGAGAAGAAAGACGACUACGACUUCAUCUCCGGCACUCGCAUGAGGAAACUUGCCAGGGAUGGUCAGAAUCCACCAGAUGGCUUCAUGUCUCCCAAAGCUUGGAAAGUUCUACAAGACUACUACCAGAAUCUUCAAAAUUCUUAAAUUGUUGAUCAAAUAUUACCAAAAAGUGGGGCCAUUAACUUCAUAAGCAUAGUAGAUUUCCAUGUUGCUAUAUCAAAUAUUUUAUUAAUCAGUGGUGUAUGGUUUUUCAAACGAACAUUAUUUAAAAAGAAAACUUUACAAAAUAGGACUCGGACAAUGUAAAUGAUUUCUAAGUUGAUCAGGGUUUUACACAAUAAAAUACAAUAGUUUACAUUGAUUUUAUAUUGAUUUUAAACAUUUCUAAUAGACUGCUACAAGAAUCUUCAAAAUUCUUAAAUUAUCCAUCAAAUAUUUCCAAACAGUGAGACCAUUAACUUGAUAUAUGCAUAUUAGAUUUGCAUGUUCCUAUAUCAAAUAUUUUAUUAAUCAGUGGUGUUUGGUUUUUCAAACGAACAUAAUUAAAAAAUUAAUUACAACAUUGGACUCGGACCAUGUUCAUGUUUAGCUAAGUUGAUAAAAGGGUUUUACACUAUAAAAUACAAUAUUUUACAUUGAUACAUUGAUAUUAAACAUUUUAACUGUUUUUAUAGUAUAUAAGUUUACAUGCAUGCACAAUUUAGAAGCCUUGAAACAUUUUACAUUUUAAUGUCGAUUUACCAGACUUUUUUUAUACAUGGUCUUUAAAAUCUAGAAUAUUUGUUAUGACUAUAUAUAGAAUUUAUCUUUACUUUUCUUCCAAUUUUAUGGUUAUUUUAAAACAUAGAAGGAAAUAAAAAUGAAACAAUA